GAAGAAGUGAGCGUAUAGCAUGGCGACACCACCGGGGCCGCGCGAGGACGGAGUGGCGAAGCAGAUCGACCCCGCGCGGGAUCCGGGCCUCAGCGCCGAGCAGCGCCGCCUCGUGCAGAACGUGGAGCACGCGCAUCAGCAGCGCGUCAUGCAGCGCAGGCUCCGCGGCCGCAACGUGCUGCUGGCGCUCGGCAUCGGCUCCAUCACGCUCGGCAUCUACGCCUACACCUUCUACUCGGUAUCCCAGGAGCGGGUUCUCGACGACCUGGAGGAGGAGGCGGCGGCGGCCCGCGCCCGGGCGGCCAAGAGCGCAACCAGCUGACCCGGCUUGUGACGGCCCGUGUGCCCUCCCAACCCCGCGGCGCACUGAACCAAAGCGAGCGGCCGGUCCCCUGUGCCCCUUAUGCAGCAGGCAGAGAUUCCCUUAUGGCCCGACCCCUGCAAUGGUACGUGGGGGCGGAACCUAUGGGCACAUUUUCAGUAACCUGCUUCCCUAAGAUGUUUUGGUUGUUAGGGAGGGAAACUUCCCAUUUCAAUCAUUCAUUUUUAUCAUCAUACUAAAUCCAACAUGUGCACUAAGGCCUGGCUGGACAUGUGCAUACUAGUUAGUGGCACAGGGCUGUCCUUGUCCUACUCCUUCUCUGUCCUCCAGCCUAUGCACAAACCAGGCAACACAAGCUAAGAUUUGUUUUUCAUCCAUCUUUGGCAGGAAAGGGGGAAGGCACUGGAAUGCAUUUUUACAGAAGGAAAGAUUGUUUGCUUUAGGAUGCCCUUGUGGCCACUCUUGCUCUGCUGCUGGAGUUGUGCGGUCUCAAAGCAAUAAAAGACUGCUUCCCCUUU